CUUGAGGGAUGAAGUGGGAAUAACGGAUUUAAGGCUUGGGAGUCUUUAGGAGGGAUAACGUGGUGGGCAGAAGCUUUUAAUUGGAAUGAGUUUUUUAUAGCAGUGUGCGCAAGCCCCUUCACCAGGAGCUUAAAGAAGAACAAUAAUCCCGAAGUAAGCAAGGGCCCCGCUUCUUUUUCUAGUCUUACAGGAAACCUCGGGAUGGUUACCAUGCGGCUUGCGUACACCCUCCUGUUUCUUGCUUUUUGCAGUAUAAAGGAAGGCAGAGGAUUACAGUGCUUCUCGUGUGUGGGCUCUAAUGACCAGGAAUGUAAUCGCCAAGGCUCCCUCCAAUGUCCCAGAGACUCGGAUGCAUGUGCCAUUAUCCGUGGGCAGUCCAGUGGUGUGAUGAAGUCCUGUUCCUUCAAGUCAUUCUGUGAUCGUGCUUUGCGGGAAGGCUCAAAAGCCCCGGGCGUCAGCGUGCAGUGCUGCUUCUCCAAUAACUGUAACAGUGGAAGUCAGGGGUCCGGCAGCCAGCUCAGUGCCAGCUAUGCUCGUCUCUUGGGGUUUCUCGCAUUGGUCCUUUGUCUCUUAAUCAUCACUUAAUGACCUACACUACAGUGUUGUCCACAGCUUUCAAACUCUGCUACCUGUCUGCAGUGUCCGCAAUGUGAAACAUAGAAUAUGGAAGAACCAACAAAACAGCCCAAAAUAGUCAUACUUAAUUUUCUUUCAGUCAGACAAUGUUCUUACGCAGGUGUAGGCAAAAGGUCUGUACAAAGAGAUGUCCACCAUGAUCCUUGUGACUGCCUACUGCUGUUCUGGCAUGUAAUUGCAGAAAAUGCAUAGGAUGGUCUCUGUGAAAGAUUUAAAUGGUACCAUUGCUCAAAACAAAGAAAUAAGAGAGCAGAUUUUAUCACAUGCAACAUACUUUUAUUAUGAUAAGGACCAUGGUCAUUUUCAGAAAAAUUAAUUACAAUAUUAUUGUCCAAUGCAUGAUAUUUUUAAUGGCUCUGAAAAAGGGCAACGUGUAUAAAAUAAAUUGUUACAU